AUGGUUGCCAAAGCUAUCCAGCUCGGCCUACGGAUUUGGGAGUUCAUCUGGACUCUGCUCAUCAUGGCUUUGAUCGGUAACAUGAUCGCCGAAGCGUUCGCCGGGAACCCGGCGACCAUCAACUACACCAUGUUUGUUGCAGCCUUCUCGAUGUUCACACUCUUCUAUCUAGUCCCAGCGUCAAUCAAUAUUGACUGGGCUAUUCACCCAAUCUUCUUGAUCGCCAUCGACACGCUCAAUGCGAUCUUGUUCCUUACGGCUGGUAUCGCCCUGGCUGCGAAAUUGGAAUGCCACAGCUGCAGCAACGAUUCCUACACGCUGAACAACGAAAUCACCAAUGGAGCCCAUAACCGCACGAAGCGUUGCCGCGAGGCUCAGGCCUCGACGGCAUUCCUGUGGUUUGCCUGGGCUGGCUACACUGCCUCGAUGAUUCUGUCGAUCAUCAUGUCACGCCAGACAAGUGUCAACCUUCGUGGACGCACCGGUCCUGCCCGCGGCGUUACUCGCCCCAGCAUGGCCCAAGUUUAA